AUGGUUUUCAGACCCGAGUGCAAACCAAUUCAGACUCGGUUGCUUUUUCCAAUUUGCAUGAUGGAUGCUGUAGUUCCACAUCAAGUUGAGCAUGACUUUUCAGAUGUAUUUGGUCCUGUACCAGUCCAGACCCCAGUGGAUUCAGCUAAUUCUGCCUCUCUCCAAGAUAGUACGGAUCCCGUCGUCAUUCACAACCUGUCACACUCUUUGAUUGGUCCUUCAUUCUAUGUAAGCCAUUCACUGAACCUCAACAAACUGACUAUUUAUAACACAGAAGAUUCAGUGGACCUAGCAGAGUACUGUCUCCAUGAAGAAACCAUCAAAGAAUCUCAGGAACCUUUUGUCGGUGACCGUGUCAUUGGGCAUCCUCUAGAAAAUGUUGAGGAGAGUUUCUUGAAGAGUGAGAGUGUAGGCAUCGAAGAUUUUGAGGUUUUGAAGAUUGUUGGGCAGGGUGGAUUUGCAAAAGUAUAUCAGGUGAGGAAGAAGGGAACCUCAGAAAUAUACGCGAUGAAGGUAAUGCGAAAGGACAAGGUCAUGAAGAAUAAUCUCGCUGAAUACAUGAAAUUUGAGAGGGAUAUAUUAACAAAAGUUGAUCAUCCAUUCAUUGUCAAGCUUAGAUACUCAUUCCAAACCAAAUACAGACUAUAUCUUGUGCUGGAUUUUGUCAACGGAGGUCAGCUUUUCUUUCAACUCUACCACCAUGGCCUUUUUUUGGAGGAGCUGGCACGAAUAUAUGCAGCCGAGAUUGUUUCUGCGGUGUCUCACCUUCAUUCAAAUGGCAUAAUGCAUAGAGAUCUUAAGCCUGAAAAUAUCCUAUUGGAUGCAGAUGGUCAUGCCAUUUUAACUGAUUUUGGGCUUGCGAAGAGCUUUGACGAAAACACGAGGUCUAAUUCUCUAUGUGGAACUGUAGAAUACAUGGCACCGGAAAUAGUUCAGGGAAAUGGCCAUGAUAAGGCAGCAGAUUGGUGGAGUGUGGGAGUUGUAUUGUUUCAGAUGCUUACCGGCAAGCUUCCUUUUACUGGGAACCGUCAGAAAUGUCAAGAGAAGAUAGUAAAGGAGAAAAUCAAGUUGCCAAGUUUUUUGUCAAGUGAAGCACACUCUCUGUUGAAAGGCUUGUUAGCGAAGGACACAAGCAAGCGUCUAGGUUGUGGACCUCUGGGAGGUGAUGAAGUCAAGCAGCACAAAUGGUUCAAGCAAAUUAAUUGGAAGAAAUUGGAUGCUCGUGAGAUGAAACCAAGCUUCCAACCCAACGUUGCCGGGCAGCACUGCAUCGCCAACAUUGAGAAUUACAGGACUGACAUGCUACUUGUGGACUCCCCGGCUGCUAGUCCGAAGGCUUCGUCUGGAAACCCCUUCUCCGGCUUUAGUUAUGUUAGGCCUGCAGCCUCUUAA